AGGCGAGAUACCAGCAUGAGCGAGGGUGACAGAAGACCCAAAACUUUGAGACGGCAUUUCGGAGUAGACCUCUUACUCUGCAAGUUCCUGCCGGUGAUCAAGUCGUUCUACAUGUCCCGGUGCGACGACGACGAGCGGCUGACGGAGUCUGUGGACGUGCUCAUGCCGGGCGUGGGCGAGAUCGUCGGCGGCUCCAUGAGGAUAUGGGGCCACGAGGAGCUCAUGGAAGGCUACAAGCGCGAAGGCAUCGACCCGUCGCCGUACUACUGGUACACGGACCAGCGCAAGUUCGGCAGCGUUCCGCACGGCGGCUACGGACUUGGCCUGGAGCGAUUCCUGUGCUGGCUUCUGGAUCGCUACCACAUCCGCGACGUGUGCCUCUACCCGCGCUUCCUCGAGCGCUGCACGCCAUAAACUGAUUCUUAAUUCAAAUAUAACGCUUCUGACUGUC